AUGGCGUCGCGAGCGUUGGUCGGAACCCUUCGGCGGGGGUUGAGCCGCGCGCGGCGAGCGCCGCCCGCGGCGGUCGGGUCCUCGGAUGUCGCGCGAGACGCGCGGGAUCCGUUCGAGCCGCUCGGUUCGCGGUCGGUGCGGUGGCGCGAGCUCGAGCUCGUUCGGCGCGAUUGGGCGCACCGCCGCCCGACGACGUCGCGCGGGGACGAGUCCGGGUUUGGCGCGGGAUGGGAGGCUCGGAGGGCGUUUUCGUCAUCCUCCGCCGCGUUCACUUCCGGCCGCGAUGCACGCAAAGACAUCGACGACGAAUCGUCAACGUCGUCGUCGUCGUCGUCGUCGCCGCCGGUCGCCGAGGCUGGCGCGCCCACGGGCCCGCGAGCAAACUCCGAUUCUUCCAUGUGGGAUCUCGCGGGGUUCCUCGGGGAGAACAGGCGCGUGGCUGGCAUCUGCGUCACCACCGCGCUGCUCAUGGCCGGCCACUCGUGCGUCGCCCCCGUCUUACCCAUGUUCGCGGAGGAGUUCGGCGCGUCCGCCGCGCAGGUGGGCGCCACCCUGAGCGCGUUCGCUCUCGCCAGGCUCGUGCUCAACGUGCCCUUUGGCUCCCUCGCGGAUUCCCUCGGGCGCAAACCCCUCAUGGUCGCCGGGCCCCUGAUAACCGCGGCCGGGAUGCUGGGAAGCGCGCAGUGCCAAUCGGGGCUACCGGAGCUCUUCUUCUGGAGGUUCAUCGCGGGCGCAGGGAGCGCGGCGUACGCGGCGGGGGCGCAGGCGACGCUCGCCGAUCUGAGCGACCGAUCCAACCGAGCGAGGGUGCUGGGAGCUAACCAAGCCGCCGUCCUCGCGGGUGCCGCAUUCGGGCCGUGCGUGGGCGGGUUCAUCUCCGAAGGGGCGCCGAUGGAGCUCGGGGUGCGGGCGCCGUUCGUGGCGGUGGGUGUCACGUGCGCGCUCGCGGGAUGGCACGCGGCGCGCUCGGCGCCGGAGACUCUGAAGGAUGCCAACUUUGGACCUUAUUUAUACGGCGCCGGGACCAAGACGAGGCCGAAAACGUCGGCGAUGGAAGACGGGGAGGCGGAGCGCGAGGCGGCGGCGGCGACGACCGGGGACGUGAACGUCGCGAGCAGCGCCGGGGACGAGGAGGCUGAAUCGAACGGAGAGAUGAGGGGUGAAAACGCGCAGACGACGAUGCGACGGCUGCUCCGCCGCCGCGACUUUUUGGCGGUGAGCGGUUUGAACGCGGCGCUCUUCUUCAGCGGCGCGGGCGGUCGCGCCACCCUGCUGCCCCUGCUCGCCGUGCAGGAGCACGGGUACACGCCCGCGGGUCUGGGCGCGCUGUUCACGGCGAUGGCGGCGACGAGCGCGUUGGGAAUCGGCCCCGGCGCCUUUCUAUCCGAUUUUUUUGGUCGGACUAAAGUCAUCGCGCCGUGCGUCGUCGCAUCCGCCGUCGCCGUCGCCGUCGUCGGUACCGCGACCGACCCGAACGUGUUCCUCGGCGCCGCCAUCGCGUGGGCGUUGGCGCACUCGCUCAUGGGACCGGCGCCCGCGGCGUACGCGACGGAGGUGUCGCCGGAGCGAGGUCGAGCCGUCGCGCUCUCCGCGUACCGAACCUUUGGCGAUUUCGGUUUGCUCGUCGGUCCGGUGGCGCUCGGCGCGCUCGCGGAUUGCGUCGGCGUGGGUCCCGCGCUGGCGGCGAACGGCGGGGUGCUCGCGGCGUCGGCGUUGGCGUUCACGGCGGCGGCCAGGGGCGAGGGCGCUGGAACGCGCGACAAUCGGUAG